GAGAUAAUUAGGUGCGAGUUGCUCAUUAACAUUUCUUUUGUUUCCAAGGGUGGGAGAGGUCUGAGGUGUGAAUUGGUCAUUGCAGUGUGUGACCAGCUUGGUAGGAACAUCCUGUGUACAGUGUUUUGUCCAUCUGAGUACCUUGAAAACGCGUUGCAUGCAUUUUUCAUGAUGAAAAAGGGCUCUGGACGUGCAUUUACAAGCAUUUUGCGUUUGAAACGCUGAUAAAAUCAACUGAUGAACGUAAGUUUUCUGCGUUCAAAAAAACGACUGUAAACUCAAAUAUCUGUAAACAACUGU